AAAUUUUCAUUGCCAUUUUGAAACACCCUAAGAUUUACCAUCAUUCCAAUUUUAUUUCCUCUCAGUGUUUGCCUGCUAAUGCUCAUGUGGUUUUGGGAUUUUAAUCUAUUGAAGGUAAAUUGUGGACGUUGAGCUUUUAUUAUCUAAUUUUAAGAGUCAUGACUUCAUUAUGGCCAUAAACUUGAAACUUUAAUUCUGCUUGUAUGUCCACAUCCACUGCCUGAACCUCCUAUUUUAUUUGUUCUAAUUUACGAUUUCCAGUCUCCAUAGCAUUUUGCUACCCUGAUUUCAAACCCUGAUUCGUAAACGCUAAACUCCAGGGCACAGAAACAGCGACGAAUGCUCUAUGUGUAGGAAGAAACUGCAGAUGCUGGUUUACACCGAUGGUAGACACAAAAUGCUGGAGUAACUCAGCGGGACAGGCAGCAUCUCUGGAGAGAAGGAAUGGGUGACUUUUCGGGUCGAGACGAGACCGAUAAAUGAUGUAAAUACGUAGCAGGUCAGGCAGCAUCGAUAGAGAAGUGGGAAAAGUUAGAAAACAAACAUGUUUUGAGUUGCAGAGAGCUACCAAAGAACAAAGGGCUGCGGGUGACACAGAGGAAGAAUCUAAAUGUUACAACAGCGAGAAACAGUUCCCAUUUGGGGCAAAGGUGAAGCGUGCAGAGAUUUAUAACGCCCAUAAACGAGGGGGUAAAGAUACAGCGCGUUAGGUCAAUAAAUAUAAAUUAGAAUAAGCAUUUCCUUUUUAAGCGCAAGGCGGGGUUUGUGCUAAAUGGUGUCUCCUGCUUGCUUUCCCCGCCCCCUUCUCUCCGAUGCUACGCAGUUUUGACAGCGUUUGAAUCCCAGAGGUUACACAUACAGACCAGCUUGGGGAAGCAAUGGAGCCGGCAAGGUGCAGCAGCAGCCGCCGGGUCUCGGGGUAUCGCAUGGCCGGCCUGAGGAAGCUUCUGCUCGCCGUCUUCUGGCUGUUCGGAGCCCUGGUUUGGCGAUCCUGGGCAGACAGCGCCAUGGAGGAGAUCACCACGGAGAAAGAGGCGGAAGAAAGCCACCGGCAAGACAGCGCGAACCUGCUGCUCUUCAUCCUGCUGCUCACACUCACCAUCCUCACUAUAUGGCUAUUCAAACACCGCCGUUUCCGUUUUAUCCACGAAACUGGCCUGGCGAUGAUCUACGGGCUACUCGUGGGGGUGAUCCUAAGGUACGGCAUCCCAUCCUCCAACAGCCACGGCAAGGUCCCUGUUGGCUGUGCACUGCAGGACAGGGCAGUGACCACACUCUUGGUCAACGUCAGUGGGAAGUUCUACGAAUAUUCCCUGAAAGGGGAAAUUAAUUCUGCGCAAAUAAACAACGUGAAACAAGAUGACAUGUUGAGGAAGGUAAGCAAUUUUGUAUUCUCUGGAGUAUUGGGAGAUUUAGAAGAUUGAGGGGGGGGGGGAUCU